CGCCAACAUCAUGACGAUCGCCACCUUCCUAUCGGCAUAUGCGCUGGGUCUGGCCGCCAUCUCCAACUACGCACAUGCCCACGGCCGGUUGAUUGCCCCUCCGCAUCGUGGCUACAUUGGCAAGUUGGCCCAAUUCGCUGGGAUCGUUCCGCCCGACUAUGGUGACCACGGUCUCAACGCCGGUGGUAUUGCGGCAACGUCUGGUGGCAAAUUCGGCGUGUGCGGCGAUUCGUACACCGGGGUCCGGCAGCACGAAACUGGAGGCACCUAUGGGACGUUCCCCACCAACGGCGCCAAAGCCAUCGGGGCCUGCUACGCCCCGGGGUCCACCGUGGACCUCCAAGUCCAAUUGACGGCCAACCACAAGGGGUACUUUGAGUUUGGUUUGUGCAAACUGGACAUGAAACACGACAAAGAAACCAACGAGUGUUUUCAAACGCUUGCCCAGCCUAAUGGUGAAACGCAAUGGCAAGUACCCCCAGGCAACGAAGUGUUUACGAUCCAGUCGGUGCUCCCCGCUGGAGUGACUUGUGAAGGUGACGCUCACUGUGUUCUUCGAUGGCACUAUGUCGGGUGGAACAACGCGGAUGUGGGCAUCGACGGCCAAGAACAGUUUUGGAACUGCGCCGACGUGUACAUUAGCAAAACGUGCGGUACGGUUCCUGCACCUAGCCCUUCCAAACCUUCCUCAGGUCCUGCACCUAGCUUCUCAACCAACCCCACCUACGAUUUAGCACCUAGCUCAUCCAAACCGACUGCUGCCCCGAUGCCGAGCUCUUCUACUAGCAUCCCCCCCAUAUCUACCCACUCCCAAUCCACAUCGCAGGGUUCUUGUGGCACUUGCAACAACUGCUACUAUCCCGACACGAAUGCGUGUUUCAUCGGGUGGUCAGCCGCUCAAUGUGCACGAGUUGCUGAGUACAACUGGUGCGGACCGGCUGCUUCGUCUGCCCCUGUCUGUGGCACAUGCACCAACUGCUACUACCCUGGCUCGAACGCGUGCUUCAUUGGGUGGUCGGCGGCUCAAUGCGCGCAAAAUCCCGCGUUCAACUGGUGCGGCGCCAAUGCGGUGUUGCCGAGCACCACCACCCCCAUUACUACCUCUCCUGGUACCAAGCCCGACACUCAUCCCCCCAGCUAUAAGCCUACUACCACCCAAGUUCCCAGCGCUAAACCCAUCAUGUACGCCACGUCACCCCCGUCGCCGUCGUCGCCUGGAGUGUCGAACAAAGUGAGCUGGAACUGGUUUGCGUCGUCCACCACGGACUGCGACGCGAGCUUAAGCAAGGACACAUUGAACCGAGGAUUGUACAUCGGCGGUGAAAAUAUCCCUGCGGACUGCGGCAAGACUGCUACCUUCACGUACAACGGUCACUCCGUCACAGCGACGUAUGCGUGGCGCACCACUGGCGGCCAGAGCUACCAGGAGCUGUCCCCUCAAGCGUUUGCCAAGCUCUUGGGUUCGGACGUCGAUGUAUCUACGAUUGGCUCGGCCCAACAAAUGCAGCAAGCGAUCAACGACCCAGGGCAUGUCAUUGCUCAGUGCAAUGGCGCUUGUUAAUUCCAACCAAUCACUCACAAAUUGGUCCCUUGUAUUUGUGUAUGACGACCAAGCAACAUUGUUAUGGAUACGCGCAUAAUGGUCUAGUGCACAAUAUGUAACGUUAUUGGAAGUUGAGCACUCGGC